AUCUUGUAAGUACCCGCACAACAUCAUCAAUGCUGAGAACAAAAAAGUUCUAAAGACCCAUGAGUUGUCUAGCCUUGAUGAGAAUGAGCUGCGAGUCCUGCUUCUCCAAAAUGACCCUUUCCUCCUCCCUGAUAUCUGCUACCUUUACAACAGAAAGGAUAGUAACUGCAGCCAGCAAAAUAACUGCAACAAGCUUCAUGUUUGUCGACACUUUCUCCAAGGGGAAUGUAGAUUUACUUGGUGCAAGAGGUCCCAUAACCUCUUGGAUACUGAUUCAUUGAGAGUGUUAGAAACCGGAGGCAUUGAUGCGAAGAUAGCUUCAAACAUGCAGACUAUAUGUAAUCACAAGCACAUGGAAUUCGUCAAGGAAUCAAAGAAGGGGAAAGAUAAAAAAGGUGAUUCCUCUUCUGAAGCUCCAAAGGACAACAAAGAAGAUAAAUGUGAUCAGAUAUGUGUGUUCUAUGUCUGGAAGUACUGCAAACAUAAAGAUAAAUGCAGAUUUGUUCAUUACCACUUGCCGUAUCGAUGGCAGGUAUAUAAUGGGGUGACCUGGAAUGACCUCUCCAUGAUGGAGGAAAUUGAAAAGGCCUAUUGUGACCCACACACCAGCAGAUUCAUGAAUAAGAACAUUCAUUUCCAGACAAUGACCUGCUGCUCUUCUUUGGUUCGACGCCUCUCUACACCAUCAUCAGUCACAAAACCCACAUUUGUAUUGACCACACAGUGGCUUUGGUAUUGGAAGAAUGACAAAGGCCAGUGGAUUGAAUAUGGAGAGCAGGGAGAAGGGGAUAGUGUGAGCUCACCAUCUUCUGCUAUUAUUGAGAAUUUGUAUCUAGCAGAUCCAGAUGGCAUCAUAUCUUUCCAGGCUGGCUUGUAUAAUUACAAGCUCGAUUUUAAAGAGAUGACCCAGACAAACACCUCUUACAAAACUAAAAGACAGGUCUGCAGGCGACCAAAGUUCGUGUCUUCUGAAGAUGUGCAGAAGAUAAAGAAAGGCCAGAGGGAUUCUUCUAUUCCAAAUCAGUCCUGUCCUGACCACUGGGAUCAAUCUGCACUGCCUGACUUCGGAUACAAGGCAGUGGAGAUCAAUGAUACAACUGCUGAAUACAACCAAAUAAAGCAGAUGUUUCAUCAGACUAUGAAGAAAUACAGCAUCCUUAAAAUAAACAGGAUUCAGAAUCCAUCCCUCUGGAAAGUGUUUCAGUGGCAGAAGGAACAGAUGAAAAGGGAAAAUGGAGGGAAGGAAGUAAAUGAAAAGCUUCUUUUCCAUGGAACCAACACCUCCUUCAUGGAAUCCAUCUGUAUUCACAAUUUUGACUGGAGAAUUUGUGGAAGCAAUGGAACUCUCUAUGGGAAGGGAAGCUACUUUGCUAGAGAUGCUUCCUAUUCCCACUCAUACUGUCAGCCUAUGGUGAAAAACAACAUCAUGUUCGUGGCUCGUGUGUUGGUUGGAGACUACGUUAACGGCAACACAGCCUAUGUGCGCCCCCCAACAAAGUCUGCUGAUGGGCUCCGGUUUUAUGACAGUUGUGUAGACAAUGAGACAAAUCCCUCCAUUUUUGUUGUCUUUGAAAAAUACCAAAUUUACCCAGAGUAUACAAUAGAGUAUAAAGAGGAAGAAAAAAAAUGUAUUGUAUCUUAA